GUGUCUCGGUAAUCACAUGACUUUUACGUUGCGUCAGUUGUGUAGUAAACUCUCGCAACUAUUUCUCAACGAUAUAGGGAAUAUUACAUAACAUUGGAGAAUAAGUGAACACGUAGAGCAAUUUUGUGAAAUCGUUAGGCAUCGACCUUGAAUACUUUUUUAAAGCGAAGUAGCUAGAUCGAUAGCUAACGUUAAGCACUUUUCCUUUUCAUGACUAACUUCUGCUUGUUGCAACAGUCAGUCAGAAUGGGCCAUUUUCUAUCUCUCACCACCUUACUGUACCUGCUUGUUACGAGCUGCUCGGGCUCCCCUCCCUCGAAUUUCAUCCUCCUGUUCGCGGACGACGUGGGGUUCGGCGACCUAGGAUGCUACGGGCAUCCAACCUCGCUCACCCCCAACCUGGACCGCUUGGCGGCCGACGGACUGAGAUUCACUGACUUCUACUGCACCAGUCCCGUCUGCAGCCCCUCCAGGGCGUCUUUGCUGACAGGGCGCUACCAGACCCGGUCAGGGGUGUACCCGGGGGUGUUCUACCCUGGUUCCCGCGGAGGUCUACCGCUUAACGAGACCACCAUAGCGGAGGUGCUAAAGCCCCUGGGCUACGCCACGGCAGCCAUGGGGAAAUGGCACCUGGGGGUGGGGGAGAACGGGAUGUACCUGCCCACCCGACAGGGCUUUGACCACUACCUGGGGGUCCCCUACUCCCAUGACAUGGGACCCUGUCAGAAUCUGACAUGUUUCCCUCCAGAUGUUAAAUGCUUCGGACACUGUGACGUCGGCGUGGUAACCAUCCCACUAAUGCACAAUGAUGUCAUAAAGCAGCAGCCUGUGGACUUCCUGGAUCUGGAGAGGGCUUACAGUGACUUUGCCACAGACUUCAUCACCCAGGCUACCAGGAAGAAACAACCCUUCUUCCUCUACUACCCCUCCCAUCACACCCACUACCCCCAGUAUGCAGGCCCGGCAAUGGCAGGGCGGUCUCGUAGGGGUCCGUUUGGUGACUCUCUGCUGGAGUUUGACUCUACAGUAGGGAACCUGCUCUCAGCUCUGGAACAUACUGGAGUCCUCAACAACACUCUCAUACUGUUCACUGCUGAUAAUGGGCCUGAGUUGAUGCGUAUGUCUCGGGGGGGUAAUGCUGGUCCUCUGAAGUGUGGUAAGGGCACCACCUAUGAAGGGGGCAUGAGAGAACCUGCCAUCGCCUACUGGCCUGGGACCAUCACACCAGGGGUCACCCAUGAGCUGGCCAGCACCCUGGACAUCAUGCCCACUAUCGCAAGGCUGGCGGGGGCCAAACUACCAAUGGUGCAGCUGGACGGAGUGGAUAUGACGGACAUCUUGGUCAACCACGGACCGAGUAAGAGAGAGGCCAUGAUGUUUUACCCUACAGACCCCAGUGAGAAUUAUGGCCUGUUUGCUCUCAGGCUGGGCAAAUACAAGGCUCACUUCUACACACGCGGUGCAGGCCACAGUGAGACCACCCCAGACCAGGACUGUCACAUAAUCUCCUUCCUGAAGCCCCAUGAUCCUCCCCUGCUGUUUGACUUGGAGUCUGACCCCAGUGAGAACUACCCCUUGUCUCCGCUGGGACGCCCCGACCUGCAGGCCCUGCUGCGGAGGAUAGGCGUGGUCAAGGAACAGUUUGAAGCCUCCAUGGAGUUUGGGGAGAGCCAGAUCGGGAAAGGUAGCGACCCUGAUCUUGAGCCCUGCUGCACCCCGCACUGCACCCCCAAACCUUCCUGCUGCCAGUGUGGCUGAUGCACCCUCAAACCUACAGUACUGCUUGUACUGUACCUUAAGUAAGACCAGUUCUAGUACCUCUAUUACUGUGGAUGAGGUACCCCAAACUUAACCUCUUGCACUUGAAAACACUUGUUAAUUACCGACUGUGUCAGACGACUCGUAGAACAGCUAAGUGCGUCGUUAGAUGCGUUUUUCCCCUACUGCGUCACUUUAUACACAGAAGACAUCUGCUAAACAUAGAAUCAAGAUGUUUAUUUGUUUCUCUGUGACCGCUGGAAACUUCACAACGAAGUUGACUACAAAUACAAAGUUGCCAAUGUCUGCAAUUUUUACAAACAAGCGAAGGAUGAAAAGAUGCUUCAAAUGAAACCCAAGAUAAUUGCAUUAAAAUAAUAAUUGCUUACAGUAUAGGCUACAGGCCUAUAUAAUUAAAUCAUAUUUAAAUCAAUUUCAUGUUCAUUCAAUUGAUUUUUAUUUUGCUAAUUUUAGGGUGUCUGUAAUUUUUGCCUCAAUAUGUUUCAAGAUGUGUUACAAUCGCUCAAUGAUCUGCCAGAUCUUGCAUUAUUAUAGGGUAAGCAUUAGGGAAAAAAUGCCUCAACAAUAGGUGAUAAUAUCUUUCUAGGAGCUGAUCCGUCGACAGUAUUGUGGAAUAAUUCUAAUGUUAAUGUCAGAUUUAAAUGGAGAUAGCUGAUCCGAGAGCAGCGCUGCCUUUCUUUCGAUCCUAUCAGUGUUGACACUAUGCCACAACAACGCACUUAGCAACUGUGUGGUGUUUUAGGAAACGCAUGUUACAUCUUUGGCCGUUGUAGGAAAGAUGCAUUGUUAAAACACUCGUAAGCCUAAAUUCUAUCGGGAAACCGGGCCCUGGCUAGUUUUACGAAAGACGGUGUGUGUAUUCUUUUUAAAUAAAGCAUUAUAUUAAUACACUAUUUUAUAGUGAGAGAGAAUGUAACAUCUCACACCCAGAGGAAAGGAGUGGUAGUUAAGUUCAAACAUAUCUUUACUAACUAGACAGACCUUCAUGUAAUCAAAUUGUCCAAAUCUAAGGAAAUGUAUUUUACAGAUGACAAUAAUUUUAUAUAGCCUAGCUAGCCUAUAAUCAGGUUGUUGGUCCGACAUACAUGAUUGUAGCUUGGACCUAAAUCAUGCAUUAAUGUUGACAUUUGAAUUACAGUGGCAGAUCUGAAGUUAGGAUUUUACCCUAUAAAUUAACAGAUUCAUGAAACUGUUAUUGUGACCCCAUAGCACAGUGACACAAGCACAAGAAAGAGACAGUCAGACGCAUUUGGACAUCAAGCAUAUAUUUUAUUCAUAAGACCAAACCCAUGACAAGGCAGAGUGUAUUAUUAUUAUUUUUUUAACUUUUAGAUUUGUACAAGUCCUCAUUUUUUUAAGAUACAAUAUAGAUAACUUUGUAUUUGUCACAUACUGAUGCUCUAGUUAUACAGUGAAGAAUCUAGUUUGUUUAUGUAUUAAAGUCCAAAGUUUAGAUGAACUGUUAACUGGAUGUUUGAGCUGCUAUACAGGACUAGGGAAUCCUUGGGGGUUGGUUGGUAUUCUGUAGCUAUCAGGGAAGAUAGAAGGGCUUCAACUAAGCUCUUACAGGACAGAAAAACAAAAGACAAAACAAACUGGUACAGGUAAGAGAUGGAGCAUGUCUGGAGCUCAAAGCCAUGGGCUACAUUGGCAAGAUGCGAUAGGUUCCUGUAUGAAAGCAGGCUCUCUGAAAGCUGUUUUUAAUUGGUUCAGCUCUACUUCUCUGCUCUAUCAGCAGAUUGGCCAGCAAUGGGGUGGGUGUGUUGUUGGAGCUCAGCAAGGUCAAAGGUGACACAUUACAUGUGUCCCCUAAUGAUGAUGUCACAGAUGUGCCUAAAGGGGUGCUGCUAAAGCCUGUCUGUGGGGCGAAUGUUUGAGUUUGCAAGAACUCAAAAUGUCACCUUAGUGGUUGACGUAGAGUCAAUGUGUGGAAACGCAGCACACUCAAAUAAAAAGAAGAACUGGCCAUUUAAAAAUGA